CUGUCGCAGGAGCAGCCAUGGAGAAGAGUUACAUGUCCGUGUUCUUGCUGCUCAUUGUGAUCUCCUGUGCUCUGGCAAAGGAUGCAGGCAAGAAGGAGACAAAGGAAACUGCGGCUAAGCCAAAACUGCCUCAGACACUCUCCAGAGGCUGGGGAGACCAGCUCAUCUGGACACAGACCUACGAGGAAGCCCUUUUCCGUGCCAAGCACAGCAACAAACCCCUGAUGAUCAUCCAUCACCUGGAAGACUGCCCACACAGCCAAGCCCUCAAGAAGGCCUUUGCUGAACAUAAAGAUAUACAGAAACUGGCUGAAAAAUUCAUUCUCCUGAACCUUGUGUAUGAAACCACAGACAAGAAUCUUGCUCCUGACGGCCAGUAUGUCCCUCGGAUUUUGUUUAUAGAUCCUUCCCUGACUGUGAGAGCAGAUAUUACUGGAAGAUACUCAAACCGUCUCUAUGCAUAUGAGCCCUCUGACAUUUCACUGUGUAAGUAGGAUGUCUGGGAAAUAGUCUGAUAUGCUCUGAAAGCUGUCAUGCUUUUCAUACAAGGAGUAACACCAGGUAUUACACACUCUCACAAUCAGUACCUGCUGAAAGACAGUGAACUAGAAUUAAACAGUAUGCUAGCCUCAAACUCAGCGAGGUGAAGAGAAUGAUGCCAGAGCCCUAGAGCCUUAAGCAUCCAUCUGUUUUAAAGGACAGCAUACAUCAAGAGGAACUUGCAUAAUUCAGCAGCACUCACAGCAAGCACUGGUUGAGAACAAGCCCUGCCAGGCCAGGUCAGGAAACCCUCUGGGAGCAGGGAAGAGCUGUGAGCUACAGCCCUCACCACAUCACUGCACAGCUCUCACUUCUGCCCUGUGAAUGCCUGCGUUUGGAUUAACAGAUGUAUGUUCUCACCAGCCAAAAUUAAACAGAUGACAUUCACAAGUGCUUGGAAGAGCACAGUGCAUCAGAAUCCGAAUAGCAGUAGGCAUGUGAGGAAAAGCUUUAAUGACAUUUUCUCUCCAGUAGUUGGAGUUGCUGGCAAAGGAAUUUGCAACCACAAAAAAUAACAUGUAUGAAUAUUUCAUUUCUAGUGUAUUCAAACAUGCAGAAAGCACUGAAGCUCCUGAAGACUGAGCUGUAAGGGGAAGAAGGAAGCCCUCGAGUACUACGAUCCUCCGUCUCCUCUCCAUUCAUUGAAACUGGUGAAGAGACUAUCUAGUGAUAUUUAGUGAUGUGUAGUGCUGGUUUAUAUACAUAAACAAUACAGUUUUACAUUAGCACUUUUGUACUGGACAGCAUUUUGAAAAGCUGAAAGCUUUUACUGUAAGGCAUGCAGAAGAAUACUGUAUGAUCCAACUGUAAAAAUGAUUUUUUUAACAAAUAAAUCCAUUUCCAGUGUUUACAUACAAAACAUUGGUGUGGUUUGGUUUGUUCCUUAUUAUCUACCACUAUCAGAGUAACAUUGCUGUGUUACUUGAGACCUCAGCUUCCAAUUUCGCAUCCAAGCACUUUAGAAGGAAAUGGGCUGUUGUGGGU